UCUCAGUCGGCCAGCGGCUGCCUCAGCGAGCACAGCGGAGCCUGCGGGAUGGCGGCGGGCGAGGGCGGGGCCGACGCGCUGCCCCCGCCCUCCCCCUCCUGGCCCGGCCCGCUCCCUGGGCCCGAGCGGGCCUUGGAGGAAGCGGCGGCUUCGGGCAGCCUGAGCCUGGCCGGGCGGCGCCUCAGACACUUCCCCGGAGGAGCAGCCCGGCGCUGGGACCUCAGCGACACCACGCAGGCGGACCUCUCCCGAAACCGCUUUGCCGAGGUCCCCGAAGACGCCUGCCACUUGAUGUCCCUGGAGGGGCUGAGCCUGUACCACAACUGCCUCCGCAGCAUCCCCCCUGCCAUCGCCAACCUCCAAGCCCUCACCUACCUGAACGUCAGCCGGAACCAGCUCUCUUCCCUGCCCUCCUGCCUCUGCCGGCUGCCCCUCAAGGUCCUCAUCGCCAGCAACAACAAGCUGGUCUCCCUGCCGGACGAUAUCGGCACCCUCAGUACCCUCCGCCAGCUGGACGUCAGCAGCAAUGAGCUGCAGUCCCUGCCGGCGAGCGUGGGCGGCCUGGAGUCUCUUCGGGACCUCAACGUCCGGAGGAACCAAAUCGCCGUCCUGCCCGAAGAGCUGGCGGAGCUGCCCUUGGUGCGGCUGGACUUCUCCUGCAACCGUGUCGUCCGCAUUCCCACCUGCUACCGCCACCUGCGGCACCUGCAGUCCAUCCUGCUGGAGAACAACCCUUUGCAGUUCCCACCUGCGCAGAUCUGCUCCAAAGGCAAAAUCCACAUCUUCAAAUACCUCAACAUUGAGGCCUGCAGCAAGGCACGGCCGGACCUGGCAGAAUUCGCACAAGGAACCCGCCCCGCCGGCUUCGGGACGUGCCUCCCGGACGAUUUCUACCCCGUGCGGCAGUACGGCGGCCUUGACUCAGGCUUCAACAGCGUCGACAGCGGGAGCAAGCGGUGGUCGGGGAACGAGUCCACAGAUGAGUUUUCGGACCUCUCCUUCCGCAUUGCUGAGCUGGCCAGAGACCCCAAGCAGUUGAGGGAGAAGCGCAACGGGACAGUGGAUGCGGCUGACCUGGAGCAGAUCGACUACAUUGACAGCAGCGUCAACGGGGAGGAAGAGGAGGAUGAGGUCUCCGUGGGAAAGCCAGAGAGCGCCUCUCUGGGGAUGGCACCCUCCGAGGACUUCCAGAAGCCCAGGAAGAGCUCCUCAACUUCCCUCCAGAAAACAGGACUUGUGGAGCAGGGACCGACCGGCAGGGCCAGCCUUCCCCGGCCGGAGCCAUUUGGGGAGGAGCGCCGUCGCCCCGAGAUCCUUCAGCUGUGGCAGGAGAGGGAGCGCCAGCAGCUUCAGCAGCGGCCCCUGUGGAGCCAGGGGGCCGAGAGGAGGGAGAGCCUGGCAGAAAGCAGCAGCAGCAUCAGCAGCAGCCUCUCCCAGCUGAAGCAUCGGAACCAGGGACCAGAGCAGCUGUCCGGCUCCCCCAGGCAAACUCUGCACUCUGCAGAUCCCGUUCACCCGGCCUACCCUUCGUCCCGGGAGCCCGGCUCUGUGCAGAAGCCUUCCAGCUUCCUUUUCCGCUCCUCCUCACGGAAUAACAUGCAGCGAGGCUCCGGUUCCUUCUCGCCCGACCUCUCCCCUUCUGAGCUCAGGAACCAGCGGAGGCUGCGUGCCGGAUUGCAGGCCCAGGACGAGAGGGAGCAUGCGGCUCAGCUGCGCAAGGCCAUCGAGUCCCAGCUGAACGUCACCCUGGCCGAAGACCUGGGCGAGGCGCUGGCCAACGGGGUGGUCCUCUGCCAGCUGGUCAACCACCUGCGCCCUCGAGCGGUGCCCUUCAUCCACGUGCCCUCCCCGGCUGUGCCAAAGCUGAACGCCAUCAAAAGCCGGAAGAACGUGGACAGCUUCUUGGCCGCCUGCCGCCAGCUGGGGCUCCCGGAGGUCUCUCUCUGCUCCGCCUCCGACGUGGCCGCCCUCCUGCAAGGCAACGUCCGCGGCUUGCUCCGCCUCCUUGAGGCCCUGCUGCCGCUGCCAUCGCCGCCGCCCGCGCCCCCCGGGGGGGGCAGGCCCCUCGCCCCGCCCGCCCUCUCCGAACACCUCGCUGGCUUUGGCGUCUUCUAUGUCGUCCUCAUGCUCCUCCUCUACUUUGCCUAUCGCAACCUCUGCGGCUGCUGAGCGGGAGGGAAGGGGGGUCCCCGGCCACCCCCACCGGGCAGGAACAGGUUCUCCAGAUGUGGGUCAGGGCGCGUGCCCCACACUCCCCAGGCUGCGUGGAAGUCGGGGUGUCAGCAGUGCAGUCGAAGCGGGACACAGACAAAUACCAUUUUUCCCGAGGCCAGCGAUCCCUGCAAUUCCCCCCCUUUAAUAAUAAUAAUAAUAACUCCCUUCCCCAGUCAGAAUUAGCUCCCUCUGCCAGGCCCAAGGGGCAGGGGGGAGUUCAUGGCAGCCCCCCCAUGGCACCUGCCGUUCGGUCUCCUCUGUGCCUUGUCCCCCUAGCAAAAGGUGUUUCGGGGGGCCGUUAUUUUGGCCGGGGGGAGAAGCCGCCAACUUCCUGCACCCCUCGGUUCACAUGCACUUAAAACUGCAUUGCACUAAUUCACGAGUGCCUGCAGGGGGGAGUUGGGGGUGUACGGCAAGGGAGCACUAGCAGCCCCCCCCCAAAAAAAACCUUAGGUGGUCCUAAAGCCUUGGCCCACCCACUCCGACACUGGGGGGUCUUCGCUGCCCCUGACCUCACACACACAGCAAGUCUCUGAACCAA